AUGAGACAGAAAACCAUGCAGCAAAUCAUCCCGAGCCAGUUCAUUCACAAGGAUAAGCUGGAAGACUUCCUCUCGACCAAGAACGAGGCUGGAUCCUUCAAGGUGACAAGGAAGCUCGACAAAUACCACAUCCAAUAUGUCGUUUGCAAUGGCCAUUCUCCACAGGGACUGAAAUGGGUAUAUACUCCCUUUUCUUUUGGA